UUGAGAAAUUUAAAUUCAGUUGAAAUCAGUCAAAUUAUUAAUCGGGACUGAAAUUUGUAAGAAGAUAUCAAUAAAUCUUUCACUACUAUAGCAAUUUCUUAAAAAUGCCUUCACCGAAUUUUUUGGAUUGGUGUAGUGUAUCGAUAUCCUCGAUACACAGAUCAGUCAAUAAGAUCGUAAAUACAUGUUCGAAAACCGAAUGUGAAAUAUCACCCAACAUAGCAGCGAUUCAAUCGCUUAAUGGAAAAACUUCGGCUGAAAAAUUUAAAGACUUAAAUUUAGCAGUGAAAACAAUCGCCGAGAAUACGAAAGGAAAGGGCGAGUUGUUAUCUACAAACGAUUACAAAGAAAUUUCACCAGCCAUGACGAGUCUUAUACAAAUUUUAGUUGGCUUGAAAUUAAAAAUAAAUGCAUUGAUUAUACAAGGGUUGACAUCGGAUGAUUUAAAUAUAACUCGUAAAGCACUGAAGGCCACCUGGUUUUUUAAUGGCAUGAACGACCACGUCAAUCCUAAAUAUUUUGUCACAAAUAUCAUGCCUUUCGUCUCGGUAAACACGCGAUUAUGUAUUAUAAAAAAGUUGUCGUACGCGUUGAAUGGAUUUGAGAAGAAAGCCGAAGCAUUUUUCAACGCUUUUGUCGAAUUAUAUGGAUUCGAAGUAUGUUUGUCAAUUCUAAAGGCAUGCUCGCAGUCAUUCAUUUAUGACAAAAUUUUGGACCAUAAAAUUAAAUUUUCCGUAAAAGAAAUAAGGGCAUUAUUCAAAAAAUAUCCAAAUCUCGUGAUUCAAUAUCUGCAAUUUGGAAAUACAAAUAAUCUAGAGAAUGAAAAUAAUAGCUAUGGCUUUCGUGUACAAAUACACGAAUAUGACUCGUUUAUAUCGCAGCUUCUUAAAAAUUAUCCGCAAAUAUUUAUCAAACUGUAUAGUAGAACACCCGAAAAAGUUUUAAAACUCGAAAACAAAUUAUCUACUUUAUUCGUGAAAAAUUUGAAGCAGGAUCUCGUACAAAAUCCAAAUGUAUUUCUGAAGCUCAUGCCGCUGAAGAUUGUGAGGAAGCAUCUUGACGAAACGAGCUUCGCUAUUAUGAUAAGCAAUUUAUUCCCAACGAACGAAAGUGAUUUUAAUUUAAAAAAUAUCUUAAAAUAUUGCAAAUUUGACGAAGAAGAUAAUGUGGUUAGCUUAUUGAAAAAUACAUAUAAAGUGCUAUAUAAUAAGAGUUUGUUCGAGAAUAAAUUAUGUCUGGAGUCGCUAGAAUUUCUAAAGAUGCUACCGAACGAAGAUAAAAGUAAUUUAAUAAGGAAUUUCUUAGAGAAAUAUAACGAUAACGCGGAGUUCAUGAGCUUAUAUAAGUAUUAUUUACCGCCUGAUGAGGUCUUAUCGAUAUUGAAAAAUAAAAUUAAGAGCACAGCGAACGCGGAAGAACGUGCGGAAUUAAUAGGCCACAUGAUAAUUUCAUGUAGCCUUUAUCACAGUAAAAAAGAUUUAUUAGAAGUCUUAAAAUUUUACAAUAAAAAUCAUAAGAACGAAAAGAAUUUAGUGCUCGUGAGAUUUUUUCAAUAUUUAAAACAAGAAUUUGACCUAAAGUCGUUGAAUUCGGAACAGUGGUCGAUAUUGAACGACAUUAUCUUUUACGCUUAUGUGAAAAAGGAGCUUUUCAAUUCCUACGUUUCACUCGUGGAGCACGUCUUAGAAGCUUGUUUAUAUAACAUUAUUAUGUACGAGAAGGACAAUAAGUUGCUGUUGGAUAAGAUUUUCAAUGUUAUUGUCGAGCACAAGAUGGAGCAGUUUUGCACCUUCAAUAUCUUAAGGGGCACGGAAUUCGAAAGAGAGUGUAUUGAAAAAUGCUUCUCCAGCAUACCAUUAAAAUAUCCGGAGAAUCAUUCGAUUUGGGAAAUACAGCACGAUCGAUUAUCAUUGGCCUUAAAUUUUGUAAAGACCAUCGAUAAUUAUAAUAAAAGAAAUUACCAGGUAAAGAAAAGAGGAUCGUCCAAGAAAACUUCACUCUGCAAUGAUGACAUCCAUGAAAACAAAUUGAAAAUUAAAAAUUAUUCCUGGAUUGUGAAAUUGUCGAAGGAAUAUUUUUAUAUGAGUGAUAAUCAAGCGAGUGUAAAAAGAAAUACAUUGAUCAAAAUAGUAAAAGCAAACGCCCCCGAUUUGUAUGAGGAGAUAAUGGAUAAGAUUGUCAACAUCCGUAGUAUCGAGUCUGGAGAAGCAAUUGCGCUACUUAAGAAGGAUUACAGAAAAAUUCUCGAUAACUGGUCCGAAUAUCUAACCGAAGCUCGUAAAAAAUUAUAUUUAGGUAACAAAGCCGCAAAGCGCUUUAUCGUUGCAACAAAGUGGUAUCAAGAUAUACCGGUGAAAUUUAUUGACAAGUGUAUGGCCGAGCUUUACGAAGAGGGCAGCUUUUCCGUUUUGGCACUUUUAUUGGAAGGCCAUGUUUUUGAAAAAAUUAUAAUACCCUACAUUCCCAUUAACAAUAAAAUAGACUUGAAUGCCAAUGAUGCGAAAAUAAAUUACGAGAUCACGAAAUCGAUUAUCAAAGCCAUGAAGUAUAUUAAUCCGGUAGUUUCCUUUUCUACCUUAGCUUUAUUUUGCAAGGACGAUUACGCCUUACUUACCGAGGAUACCAUAUUCAAAGUUGCGCAAUAUGUGCCGGCCUACAAGGUCUUGGAAUUCGCACAGGAAUUUAUCAAUUGCUCGACGCCUAUGAAGAAGCAAUCCUUUCGAUUAAUCGAGAGAGUCGCUACGAAAACUGAGUUGAGAAACUUUUUGAAAGACCGCUUAAAAUUGGAAACUAACCACUCGGUACGCCUAUUAAUUGCAAAAAUGAUAUUUAAUUUGUUCACAAAAUUGCCAAACGUACAUAAUUGGAAGCUUAUGGAAAUGUGCAUCGAUGAGCUGAGCAUUGAUCAACAAGCGAUAGAAAUGUUCUCCGACUUUGCGCGAAUCGAUCCCAAUUACUUGCCAAUGUACAUUGACGCUUACAUGAAUAAAAUUGAAAGCGAAUUCAACGACAAUGAAAGCAACUUGGACUUUUCGUCGAGAGUAAAAUAUAUCUUACUACUAAUAGACAAUUUGGAUUUGAGAAUAAUGAAUUUACUUUCCGAAGAAUUAUGCGAGAAAAUUGUAAGAAAAUACUUUUUUGAUCCCGACUCCAUGGAAAUAUCGCGAGCCGUGCAAAAUUUCAGCAUAAGAUUAUAUCUUUUGCAGUCGGGUGAGAAUCUCGAAUACCGACUGAACGUCAUAAUUCAAAUUUUAAAAAAUAUCAUGAAAAACUUUAAUACACCGCAUCCGAAGAAACCGCGAUUUUACGCGGCCAAUUACACUAUUCAGCAAUUCUUCAAUGACAUGCUUCUUGAAAUCUCUUGCAACGACAAUAACAAAAAGUUAGAAAUUGUCGAGAGGAUGUUGAAGGUGCUUAAUAGUAAUUUGUCAUCGUGGCAGGAGCCAACGACGUAUUUAAGCUUAAAUUUAUAUAAGGAAUAUUUGUUGGCCAAUUCACCAAGUGAUUUUGGCGUACGUUGCGCCAAGCGCAUUUACGACAUAAUGGGCGACUUCUCCAGGAGCGAAUCCAUUAUUAAUGAAAUAACCAAGUGCUUGGAGGACUUUAUAGAUAAUAAAAUUUAUAAAGAGAUUAAAGGCCCUCAAUUGAGGAUAUGUAUAAUCGAAGGUAUGCUUAAGGAGGAUAAUUAUUACGCCAAUUUGGUAGGUAUUAAGUUAUUGGAUUGCAACGAGGUCAACAUGUACGACGAGCGCUACGACAGGAUUUUAAAGACUCUCAAGCAAAAAGAGAAUAUUGUCAUCCAGUGUAACUUGUACCAGCACAUGAAUAAAAUUUCUGCCCAAUAUAACGAGAUCUAAGGCCAAUACAACAGCAAGAUCACCACAAGAUAAUUGGACGAGUGAGGAGACCAGGGGCUUCCACGAUAAUCCAUUCU